GGUUAUUUUAUGUAAUAAAAAAAUUAGACCUGGAAAAACUUGAAUUCUGUACCUGGAAAAGCUGAAGACUUUGAAUUUCGUUCAUAAGUAUUGAUGGACAUCCUGGUUUCAAGUAUUUUUCACACUGCUUUUUAAAAAUUUAAAAACUAAUUUCUGACUGCGAUUUAAAAAGGCUACUUUUUUCAUACUUCAUGUUGUCUUCAGAAAAAUACUUUUUCAUGCUUCUUUUUUCAGUUCCAUGGGGCAACUUGGAAGGCAGUAUAUUUAAAGAAAGAUAUUAUAAAAGUAUUGUGUUUUUUUUUCUGUUUGCACUUCAUCAGCGAAGCGGCAGCCGCAGUGCGAGUCCCAGAAGAGUGCGUGCAGAGGCCAUCCGUGAUUCCCGUUCUCGUUCGCGUUCCCGGAAGUCCAGAGAGAGGAAGGAAGUACACAGGGCGAUGAAGGAGUACUCCAGGUCCCGCAGCCGUUCCGCAUCGAGAGGACGCAAAUCCUACCGAAGCAGCAAGUACGGGGGCCACCGAAGUCGCAGCCGCAGCCGAUCACCAUACCGAGGAGGACGCUAUUCUCGCAGCAGGUCUCGAUCAUACUCUCGCACUCGCUAUUCACGCGAGAAAGACAGAAACCUGUACCGUAGUUCACACUCCCGCAGUCCUAUGUCAUCCCGAAGACGUCACGUUGGGAACAGAGACAACCCGUGCCCAUCCAGAUGUCUCGGAGUCUUUGGCCUGUCCAUCUCGACCACGGAGCAGCAAAUCUACCACAUCUUCUCCAAGUACGGCCCAGUCGAGCGAGUCAUUGUCGUCAUCGAUGCCAAGACUCGAAGAUCGAGAGGAUUCUCUUUUGUGUAUUUCGAGUCUUCCGAGGAUGCCAAAGCAGCCAAGGAUCAGUGUACUGGAAUGGACAUCGAUGGUCGGCGCAUAAGAGUGGACUUUUCGAUUACGCAAAGGGCACACACACCUACUCCUGGAAUAUACAUGGGCAAACCGACUCACCUUCAUGAAAGAGAAUUUAGCGGUCCUAGACGCAGAGAGAGUAGUCACAGAGGAAGCUACCGAGGUCGUUCACCAAGUCCCUACUACCGAAAGCGCUCUUCUCGCUACGAAAGGUCCAGGUCUCGCUCGUACUCACCACGUCGGUAUUAAGUGACACGAGUGUGAUGCGAGGGGCCAGGUGUUGUGGGAGCCAUUUGUGUGACUUGACCCUUUGACCCCCCUUUUCUUCUUUCACUGUAUAAGGGGUCAAACUCUACUUUCUAGUUGUCGCUAUUCUCACCUUUCCUAGUUGUGCUCGACUGCGUUUCACGAAUUCGGCAGUUUAUUAUUUUUUUAACCCAAAUUGACCAUGACGGGGACUCGAGAGAAAGAGAGAGAGAGAGAGAAAGAGCGAGAAAAAAUGCAGCACAAAAUAGAAAGGUUAGAAUGGAUACCGAAGCCUUAUCUUCACACAUGGACACUGAUGAAUCGCGCGUUUGAUGAUAAGGCUUUCUUGCAGAUAUUGUAAUCGUAAAAACUACGAUGUAAAGGUUGGAAUACGAUUGCUGGCUUUUUUUGUCUUGUAUACAACUUGCGGCGAUAUUUUUGCUAAAUUGUAUUCCAGCCAAUUGUGCAGUAAGGUACCAAUUUCUGUAAAUGACUAUCUGAUAAAGUUGGUACCUCAUAAGUAAAUUAUUAUUUAAGGUGAUAAUAAGUAAAUAAAUAAAUGAAUGAAUAAACAAAUAAAAGUGUAGAAGUAGGCGUAUGUUCUCUAACAUGUUUGUUUGUUUAUAAGGUUUUGAAUCAAGAGGUAUUGGAUGAUAGAGGGAAGUUUGAAGUUUCACUCUGAAAAUAUGAAAAUUUUGCAAAGAAAAAGAGUUGAAGACAAGAUUUCUGAAGAUGUUUCUCUUGCUCGAAUUUCAAGAUCCGAAGGUUUUUCGCGCUUGUGACAAAGAAUAUGAUCCGAAUCCCAUUCAAUUCCGGCCUUGAAGAGCUACGAGCAAGCCUCAAGAGAAAAAAAGAAUCGUUGGGCGUCGAGCCCCUGACCCGGACAAGUCGGUGGUUGGGGGUGAAACUGGCCGAACAUUAACGAAAGUAAUCAAGAGUCAUCGAAUUUUUUUUUUCUUAGGUAGGGGUGAGUGCCGAAGGUGCGCUCAAAAUUAUAAUGAUCAUAUUCUUUAUCCGUUUUUUUUUAAAUAUUUUUUUUUCUCAUAACGACGUAAAGAUCUUUUUUUUUUUUCAAGAACAAAUAAAUAUUUUUCUCCUUUUUCCAUAUCCCGUCCCUCCACCAUCCUACCUCCAUCUCGAUAUUGACGUAUUAUCGAAAGUAUAGUUUGCAUUAUAGACGCAUCACUGUUUUUACCAAAUCUUCAUAAAUUCACAUUUUAAUACAGUAAGAAGCUGCGUCUGCAUUCAUCUGUCGGCGAAUAUUAUAGAUUAAUUAGUAAUCUUCGAAAAUACCUUAGUUUUAAGUCGACUUUUGUGUAAAAGAAUGUGGAUUUGAUUGCAUCAGCUGCAGAGAAGAUUAAAUUUGAAAAUUAAAUGAAUUUUUUUAACCAAAGAAAAA